AUGUCAGACUCCAAGAUCAAAGGCAGCUGUGUCUGUGAGAAAGUCCGCUAUGAAAUCACAGGCCAGCCAAUCACCAACAUCAUCUGUCAUUGCGAUACAUGUCGCAAAACCACCGGGUCGGUGUUUAUGGCAAACAGUGUGUACAUGAAAGAGAAUUUCAAGAUCAUAACCGGGGAAGAUGUUCUAAAAGUUUACGACGAUAAACCGCCGGGCUCCAAGAAUACGGUUCACAGACACUUCUGUUCAAACUGCAGUUCACCGGUCUAUACAACUUCGACAGGGACACCAGAGUACGAGAAUGCGCUUACUGUCACCCUUGGUACUAUGGACCUUGGGAAUGACUCGUGGAAGCCUUCAAUGGAGGUAUUUUGCGUCAGACGACGCGAGUUUAUCUGCCCGUUUGAAGGAACAGUCAAGCAUGAGAAAAAUAUCCAAGGAGGAUUCUAG